CCCCCCACCGCCGGCCGAGUUCUUCCCAGACAGUCGCCUUGUUGUCGAGGAGAUUGCUCCUGCUGCUGCCGCCGCCGCCGCCAGUGUCGCCGCUGUUACACCCGGGCUCAUUUGCCCCGACCUCUUCCCGCCGCCCCGUCCCCAACCCCAAGCAAGAUGUCAGAGGAUCUAGCAAAACAGCUGGCAAGCUACAAAGCUCAACUCCAGCAAGUUGAAGCUGCAUUGUCUGGAAAUGGAGAAAAUGAAGAUUUACUAAAAUUAAAGAAAGAUUUACAAGAAGUUAUAGAAUUAACCAAAGAUCUUCUGUCAACUCAACCUUCAGAAACUCUUGCAAGUUCAGACUGUUUUGCUUCUGCUCAGCCUACUCAUUCAUGGAAAGUAGGGGACAAGUGUAUGGCAGUCUGGAGUGAAGAUGGACAGUGUUAUGAAGCGGAGAUUGAGGAGAUAGAUGAAGAAAACGGCACCGCUGCAAUCACCUUUGCUGUCUAUGGCAAUGCUGAAGUGACUCCACUGUUGAACCUCAAGCCUGUAGAAGAAGGAAGGAAGGCAAAGGAGGACAGUGGCAGCAAACCCAUGUCAAAAAAAGAAAUGAUUGCCCAGCAGCGUGAAUAUAAAAAGAAGAAAGCUUUGAAAAAAGCACAGAGAAUAAAAGAACUUGAGCAGGAGAGAGAGGACCAGAAAGUGAAAUGGCAACAGUUUAACAACAGAGCCUAUUCUAAAAACAAAAAAGGCCAGGUAAAGCGGAGUAUUUUUGCUUCACCUGAGAGUGUAACUGGCAAAGUUGGAGUAGGAACUUGUGGAAUUGCUGAUAAACCUAUGACACAGUAUCAAGAUACCUCUAAAUAUAAUGUCAGGCAUUUGAUGCCUCAAUAAUCAGAAAAACUGUUGGAUUUCAUCUCUGCAGGGCUUUACAUUUACCUUUUUAUCCUUAUAUUUUUCUAAAGGUAAAUUAUUUGUUAGAUGAGUAAGGAAGAUACCUUGUCAUUGUUUGACUUCAAUAGAAUGAAACUUGAAGAAAUUGCAUAUUUGAUAACUGCUAUUCAUUUAACUUUCUUAAUUACUACUACCACCACCACGGUUUCCUCCAAGCUCGUUGGGUAGAGCAACUCUUCUAGACAGAUGGUGCUUAAAUAAAGCACUUAAAUGAAUUGUUGAUCUUCCUAAUAUCGCCCCCACUUACCUGAUGUCAUAUGCUUUUUGUAAAGUCCUAACCUGAAACUUUCAGAAUCUUUGAACUUGCCACAUAUUCUAGCAAUUCAGUGGAACAUCAAGCAAAACACCAAACUUCCACAGAGAUCUUUUUUUUUUUCCUUAAACUUAGCUGUUGGCCAGUUAAACCUAAAAAUAGAUUAAUUUGUAAAUGGUAAAGUCUGUUUUGAGGCUUUUCCUUCUAUAACUUGUUUCCCAAGCCAUCUCUAAAAUUGAUCCAGCUCUUUUAUUCUUUUUUAUUGAGUUUUAGUUUUACGUAAGAAACCACAUUUAGGACCAGCUGCCUUUUCUAAUGUCCCUCUCUCUCUCUCCCUCUCUCCCCCUCUCCCCCCCGCCCCUCCCUCACCUGCUUCCCCCCACCCCCUCUUUCUUUUUUGUAUGUUUGCUCUUUUCCUGUGUAGUGGUACCAUUUUUUCGGAUGUGAAAUGUUUAUAUGAGAAAACAAAAAGCUGAUGUAUAGCCCUGUAUACAGUGUAGAUACUAUUUUUGUAAAAAAAAAAACAAAAAACCAUAAACCAAGGCUAAAUUAAUGAACAAGAGUACUGAAUGUUUCGUCAUUAAAAAUUUACUGUAUUUCUUGUGCAUUAAUCUGACCAUAAUUUCCCCUGUACAUUAUGUUCAUGUUAGCUGAAUUUGGAAUUUUUGUUAACUAGAUCAAGUUGUCAGCAUUUGCUGGUGUGAGUGAACAUCACAGUUAUCUCGAGUUGAGUUUAAGCCAAAUACAUGCGUAGAAAAGGAUCUUCUAUUAAUGGAAGAUGGUGAUUUUUAGGAUGUGUUCAUUUCAGUUUUUGUAUGUUUAACUUUUAUUAAAUAAAAUGCUUUAAAAUCCUCCAGGGUGUGUCCUCAGAAAGGUAAAGGCUUAGCUGCCAGCAUUGAUAAUGAUUAAGCCUCAGUGUACUUGCAUACAUCAUUUCCACAGAAGAGAAUGAGUAUGAUAAAAGAUUUCAAUAAACCCUUUUGUACUCCUCUUCCAUUAGCCAUAAGAAAUUGGAUUCUGAAGGUUAAACCAGUUUUAUUUCAAGGACUUGAGCUUUGUAUAGAGUUGGUAACUUUUUGGUAAAAGGGGAAGAAUUUUUUAUUUCAUGAAUUUUAAUUUUUUGGUAAAUUGAAACUUUCAUGGGGAUAGUGGUGAGAGGUAGAAUUUUUCAUCGUGCUCCUUUACCCGCCAACCCAGGAGAUUACUUUUACUUCCUUUAACUUAUGGCCACAGGGAUAGAAUAAAAGGUGAAGUGUGUUUUAAAUACAAGGUCCAAAUUACAGUAAAAAAAAUAGGCCACUUAGCCCGAAAAACUUACUAAAUAUACUAAUGUUCUUGUUACUAGUUGUAUUAUGCUAAUAAUAAUAUCCUUGAAGGAUUGCAAUGGAACCCUUUUAAUUAAAAAGUACAGGACAGACAUUUGGUAUAAUUGAGUGACCACCCAAAAUGGGUUUUGGUGAGAUCACUUUAGUAUGCUUGUCAUUCACCUGGUGCUUGUGUGUUAAGACUUGUACCUUGUUUGACCCUAUGGACUUUUUCUGCAUAUUCAUUUUUUUUGGAGGGUUUGCAGUAGGACAAGAAGGAGUAAAGGUGAUCAUAUUCUGUGACAUUUAAAAAAAUAGGCAUAUACACAUUGAGAUCAGGAGCCUUUGUGUCAAAGACAUAGUGUCAGGAUGAUAGUGUCUCUGGAAUAAAAAGUUAGGAUGCCUGGGGUGAUAGACUACCUGUCUUGUGUUGAAGUUGAGAAGAUGCUUAAUGAGAAGCAUCUUAUACCAAUAGUAUCUUAGAAAUGAAGGUGGUUAAACUCUCAGUGUUCUGAAACCAGGUAUAACACUUGGUCUUACGAAGUUUAGAGUUCUGGUAAGAAAGGAGACUAGAUAAGCUUGGUGACUGACAGAUCCAAUGGUUAGUCACUUAGGGCCCCCAAAUAGCUAUGAUUGCAUGCAUCUUUUCAAAACUUGACAUUUGAUUUUGUUAUUGAAGAGUUCAAGGAAAGAACAGUCCUACCACCCCAAAAUAAACAAUUUAAAAUUGUAUUAAUCACAGAUAACGUGCUUUUAAAAUUAACAUGUAGAAAGGUCAUAUUAGCAAGGAUUUGAGCCGUACUGCUGUGUUUGAAUCCUGGCUCCCUUAUUACCUGUGUGCCUAACUCCUCGCUGCUUCAUUUUUCUCAGCUGUAAAAUGAAUAAUUCAUUCCUGUUUCAUUGUUGUAAGGAUGAGUGAGUUAAUAUGUGUAAGUGCUUAGUAGAGUACCUGGCAUAUGGUAAGCACUAUAAAAGUGUUGACUGUUACUGUGCAGAGUGGUAAUGGUGAAUUUGUGAUUUUUUUUUCCUUAAUUUGAACAGUGAUUCAUAUUAAAAUGAGUAAUACCCAUUGUUUACAA